UGAUGUUUUGUCGGCUGGUUUUGCAUCAUUUGUUGCUUAUGCCGCACAAUAGCCAGCAAAUAAGCCCAUUGUGUUUCGCAACGCUACGGCAGUAUCUUCUCCUUGUAUCGGCUUCCGUACAGCUACAGAGCUAGCUACCUUUCUAUGUAGCUUUGGCUUUGAGCGCCGUCAGGUUCCUGCAGAGAGACGAUUGAGGUUAUUGUCGAAUGUUUGUGCACCUCGAUCCUUUCGUAAAGAAGAUGAAAUCUAUGAUUGUGUCCGCAAGUGUCAGUAGUAGUAGUAGUAGUAGUAGUGAAUCGUGAUCUAGCUUCUUCUUGAAGUACUCGCAAGAUUUUUGUUGUGCGUUUGUUUAAAUCAACACGUAAAGAAUCAGCUUUCAGUGACAUAACAUGGUGGUUCCAUUAUCGGCAGUUUCUAAUCGUUCGUAGCUUUGCUAUCCAUCAUUAAGAUAGUAAAAUAAUAUAAUAUAUUAAGAAAUAGUUCGUUGAUCAUCGCCUGAAUAGGAAAAGGAUCAGGCGGGACUCAGAAGUUCUGUUACCGGCUUGGCGGUGCCAGAUUGACAGUUAUUAAAUCAGCCGAGAACAAAAUUGAAAAACAAACGUAAGGAAUAAUAUCUAGAAGAGUUAAUUCGUUGGAUAUGAGUAGCAGCGAACCUGCAACAGCUUCAAGUGGAGGCGGUGGUACCAGUGACAAACUAACGGUCUCUUCCGGCGCAGGUGGGAAUCGGCACGUGAUGUCCCCAUCUGCUGUUGGAGGGAAUAUCUUUGGUGGCUCCCUUUCGCCAUCGACAAAUGCAGGAUGCCCUCCGUUCGAAAGUGCCCUUUCACCUCGAACAAUAUCCCAAUUGCCCCAAGCAUUUCCCAGCCUUUCCGGACUCUCUCACCUACAGAUGCAACAGAUGCAACAGCUCGGCUUGAAUCAGCUGGCAGCAUCAGCGCCAGCGUAUCCGACUGGAUUGGGAGGGGUCGCGCUCCAAAAUUCACUACCCGGAAUGCAAGGAGUACCUGGAGCAGGACCACAGGGUCCUUCACCUCUGUUUCCAUUGAUGACGCCAGAACAAUUGCAAAGACAAUGGCUUCUUCUGGCCGGAUCAGCGUUCCGUGGCGGAUUCCCUAAUAAAUUAGGGAUGGAAAAUUACUUCCAGUUAUUGGCAGGACCAAACGGUUGUCCCCGUCGAAGGGGACGGCAAACAUACACAAGAUAUCAAACGCUGGAGUUAGAAAAAGAGUUCCACUUUAAUCAUUAUCUGACUCGAAGACGAAGGAUCGAGAUCGCCCAUGCGCUUUGCCUCACCGAACGCCAGAUUAAGAUUUGGUUUCAGAACAGGCGGAUGAAACUCAAGAAGGAAAUGCGAGCAUCGAAGGACGGUGACGCAAAUGAUGAAAGUAAAGAUGAGAAAGAUGGCGGUGAAGGGGAAGAUAGCUCGGAUCAAAAAGAUACCAAGGCCGGAAGUUCAACAGACGCUGAUACAACAACGCUAGCCAGUGACAGUGAGGGCGACUCUGAAGAUGAAGAGGUGGACCCUGUUGGAGAGGAGUCCGGCGGUAUGGUAGGUGCUAGAGAACCUUUGAGUGUCCUUAAAGGGCUCAAAGGAUUUAAGGAUCUCAAUAAGAACAAGGGCAUAUCAAUGGAUGGGACGUCAGAUGAUCGAAGCACGGCCAACUCGCCGUGUCAGGCAACGCAAACAGCGACAGAGGAUACCCGAGUCAUUGGUGUCUUACGGGACAAAAGUCCCCCACCAUUGCAACAGUCCAGUCCCGUUCCAUUUAACUAUAGCAUCCCGCACCUCAGCAAUCUUCAGCAGAUGUCCCAGCAGCUACAAAGCUCUCAGGGAGGAACAUUUUUGCAACAGCAGCAGCAGCAACAUCUGCAGAUGCAGACAUCGUCUCCUACACCGACGAUUUUCUUUCCGCUGGCAUUUGCUCCACCUCCGUGUGGCGAAACCGCUUCGCCUUCCCCUCCAGCGACAAUUCUUAACGUCAUUUAAGCGAGUGGUUACUCAACAGCCCUAGAAAAAUUAAUUUUCGUUAGUGAAAUUGUCCAGUGGUCGAAAGAUAUCUAGGAUGGUUUCAGGAAUUUUGAAUUGGCUAAAUGUCAGCUCUUUUCUCCACGUUGGGCUAAUUGAACAAGCUAAUUUUCCCAAAGCUACAUUGAUAACCUACACCAAUGAGCGUAUGCUCUAUUCUUAUACAUGCCUUAUCAGAAAAUUCUGAAAUACAUUUACUUCAUGUUAGAAAACAUAACUUAUACAUCUUUAAAUUGAACCAACUUGAUGCAUCAGCACUCGCAUAUGUUCGCCUGCAGAAGCUUGUAUGGGCAAAGAUCUAAAGCCAAACGUGUAUGAUGAAGAUUGAAACUCACUUGUUACAAGUGCCUACCAGCGUUAUUAUUAUUACUAUGAUUAUUAGUGUGACUUUUAUACUGAUAUACCGCCUAUAGAGCAUCUCAUCUAGUGAAGCGACGUGCAAUCUCGUAGUGUGUACGACAAUUAAGUUAUUUCAGAUCGAGAACUUUCUUUUCACAAAUACGAAUGCGCACCUAUUCAUUAUAGACAUAUGACCAAUAGUGGUUGACCUUUAAUAAUUUUGAUUUAGACACGUAACCUCGUAGUGAUUAUAGGGUACUCUAAAUAUGAAGUCGGUGGAUCCGAUUUGACCUCCUGUAUAGUUAGAUAGUUAUAUGAGUAUUGAUCGUUCGAGUUGUACUCUCUGCUCAAAGCAAUAUUUCUAGUAAAUCUUCAGUUCCUUUAAGAUAUGAAACAUUUUUAUUAUCAUUUAGAAAGAUACAAACAUCUGUAUUAUCGAUAUACAAUAUAUAAGCUGAUUUAUAUAUUUUGAUGAACAUUUUGUUUAGGUAAAGGCGUAUUAUGCGCUGCGAUCCUGUUGAACCGGAAGACGUUGAAUAAAUUUGAAGCAGACGAGCACUAUCUUGUUAGGCAAAUGUUAGAGCUGUUUAAUUAUAUUUAUCGACAAAAAUAGGAUACUUCGUUAAGUCGCAUUUCUGUUUCAGUGAUAUAAGUCAAACUGCAUUGAGGUAGCUCUUGCCAAUCGUCAAUUCCUUAUCGAUGACUGAUUUCAACUACAAAGGUUUUUUCAUGAACAUAUGUUUACACACAGCUCCCGCUAGACCGAUCUGUGUGGAACACGGUUAGCGACACUUAUUAUUGCUGAUAUCCAUUGUUUGUCUGGUGGAAACCAGAUUUAUCACCAUCUAUGGUCUAUUAUGUCAAAAUUAAGCGUUUUCCUUUUUAUAUGACGUCUUCCCUACAUUGCAAGAGAACGAUAGCUAUUCACUUUAAAUAAAAUACAUUAUUUGCUUAGAAAUUGUUUCUUUUUUGUGAUAGAUUCACACCUAUUAGAAGAGUAAUGUUUAAAUGUGAGUGAAGUAGUGGGAUAGGCGAUGCGAAUAAAUUGUCGGCAUACAGAUCCGGAGAAAACAUUUUAUCAGAACGGCAUUGACGAAGCCAGGCUUCGAUAUAGAAGAUCGAUUAAAAAAUAAUCAAGUAUAUUACCCAUACGAAAUUCUGCCACGAUAAAUGUAAUAAAUUACUGCCCACAAGAAUUCGCUUAAGAGUGUUUACAGUCAACCCACACAGACAAUCCAAGUUUUUGUUAAUUGUUUCUGUUCUAAUAGGAGUAUGAUAAACGCAAAUUUAUGUUAAAAUAUUGCUCACGGUGCGUAAAGCUGACAUCCAGACGAAUACUUAAUUAAACAAUGGUUUGGGCUUCGGAGCUUAGAACAGUCUAUGCGAGGAGCGUCCCCUGUUGCUGUGGAUAAUUUUAGGAAACAAAUAAAUAUGGUAGUUGUUAUUAAAAAGGAACAAAAACAUCAUUCCCUGCGCAUGGAAUGCCAAUGUUCGUGUGUUAGAAGCUUCUCCAAGAAAUUUUUCAGGUUUUUGUAAACGUCCUACUGGAGUAUCUGAUGCCAUAUCAGACACUACUUAAAUAAAAACUGACAGGUACUACUUCUUGCAAAUAUUAAGCAACUUCUAAAGUGAGAUGGGUUAAGUACUUUAGUUUUUUGAGUACCUAAAGCACACUUCGCUGUUGUUGCCUUGAAUGUAAACCCGCCAGACCUAACUGCAACUUGUUUCACAUAACCUUAUAUAGCAUUUGAAUCAUGUCAGUCCUAGGGUUGUUAAUGAGGGAUUUCUUAGAAAGACUAUAUAAAUUCGCGAUGCCAUUAACGACCAGGAUUUUAAGUAGCUGUAUUAACUGGAGUAUUUUCUUUUUUUGUAUUAAGCCAAAAUCUUAGGAUAUGAAUCGGAGUCGCGGUAAUUUCGGCCGGCCAUUCGUUUGGUCCAUCAUUUGAAGCCUCGGACGACUACCCAAAGGCAUUCUGAAAAAAGGG